AUGACAGAAGAUGAAUUAUUGUGGUCAAGGGUUCUAACAGCUCGAUAUGGAGAUCUGAAACAUCACAUUUUAAAGGGAGAAUUUGGAGCGAGAAAACCUACAUCUGCUUGGUGGAAAGAUCUUGUGAACUCAGGAACCGUUAUGGCUAAUCUUGGUUUUUGUUUUGCAGGUUGUAUCAAUUUUGAUUUCGGUGAUGGUAGAUCUGUCCCUUUUUGGACAACUAAUUGGUGCAACAACAUUCCGUCAGCUGCUCUCUUUUCUGAUAUGUAUUGCAUUAGUAACACAAAAUCGUACUGUGUGGAUCAAAGGAGAAGCUGGUCAGACGAAAGCUGGAAUUGGGGAGAGUUUGGCAUUGAUACAGAGGCAAUCAGAGGCAUUUGGAACAGGCUGCAAUCAAUGAAAGAGUUUUUAGCAGAUUGCAGACCUACUGCAGGAGAAAAAGUUGCGGUUAGAUGGAUGAGUCAUGAGGUGGAUAUUUUUACAAUUAGUGAGGCGUAUCGCUUGAUGGCGAAUCAAACUGAUCCGGAACGACUUCUCGACGACCAAAGAAAGGCUUUCAGAUGUCUUUGGCAGAUUAAGGCGCCGUCUAAAAUUGUAGUGUUUGACUGGAAAAUUCUGUGGAAUAGGGUGGCUACAAGGGACCUCUUGAUUAAAAGAGGUAUGUCUAGAAUUAAUCCUAACUGUGUUUUGUGUGAUUCAGAGGUUGAAUCUGUGCAUCACUUGUUUUACUCUUGUGAAAUCUCUUCAUUAAUUUGGGAGAACUUGAGGAAUUGGGUUGGAAACAAUGCCGUUUUCGUUUAUCAUAGCUGCAAUUUUCUUUUGGACUAUUGUGGAUCAAGUGGCUUGGAAAUGGGACUGCUGUGA